GGCCCGCCUCCGGGCUACAUGACGGUGGGUUCUGGGUCGACCCCCGAGGCGGCUGCGCGCCUGAUCUCAAUGCUCGAUCAAGACUCGGGCUAUGGUGGGAGCAUGGCGGACGGAGAAGCUGGUCGCUGGCACGGAGGCAUUGGCGAAGACAGACCGAGCGCACCACCCACACCCAUCCCUGGCAGCAGCACCACAUCCUCCGAGCAGGACAGGCAGCGCAGCCAUGUGCUUCAGCUGCGCUACAACCAGAACAAAAACGCACUUGGCCGGGCUAUACAUGGGACUAUCGACAUACUGAAGGGCUUUCAAGAAGAAAACCUCAAAUGGCCUGCGCAUUACCCUACCAUACCCGCCGAGCCUGGUCUAGCACACACUCAGUCUGCGAUAGGCGACUUCCAGCCACCCCGAUCUCCCGAGCGUCCGCGAGGUCCGCGCCGUGCGGGCACCUCUUUAGGGUCCGACUUUGAGGCAGAGUCCAGCGCUGCCGCGGAGAGAGAACAGAAGCCCGAGCCCCGCCUCAUCACACCACAGCUUGCACACGAUUUCUCUGUGCUGAAGCUUGAGCUCCGCAUGGGCGGACGGACACAGACGGAUCUUGUGCACUCGUUGGAGAAAGGAUCGAUUGCUUCCUUGCUCGACGGCCAAAUACAGCAGAGUGUUCGACACCUGUACGCUAUAAAAGAGAGGAUUGAGGACACAUCAAGUAAGGUCCUUGUCACUGGUGAUCUCAACGCGGGAAAGUCAACCUUUUGCAACGCGUUACUCCGAAGGAAGGUCCUACCGGAAGACCAACAGCCAUGUACCAGCAUUUUCUGCGAGGUUUUGGAUUUCCGGGAGAAUGGCGGCGUUGAAGAAGUCCAUGCCGUGCCUCAAGGCUCCAUAUAUAAUCGUCACGACGAAAGCACCUAUACCGUGUUUGCGCUCUCUGACCUAGAGAAGAUCGUCAUAGACAACGAACGAUUCUCACAGUGCAAGGUCUACGUUCAAGACAUCCGCUCCGUGGACGAGUCAUUGCUGAACAACGGCGUGGUCGACAUUGCACUCAUCGAUGCGCCUGGUCUCAACUCGGACUCCGUCAAGACUACCGCGGUUUUUGCUCGCCAAGAAGAGAUCGAUGUAGUAGUAUUUGUUGUUUCCGCCGCCAACCAUUUCACCGAGUCGGCCAAGAACUUCAUCUUCACUGCCGCGCGUGAGAAGGCCUACAUUUUCAUGGUCGUCAAUGGAUUCGACGUCAUUCGUGACCAGCAGCGAUGCAAAGAAAUGAUCCUUAAGCAGGUUCACGGCCUGAGUCCGGCAACAUUCAAGGAAUCUAGCGAACUAGUGCAUUUCGUGUCCAGCAACGCUAUUCCAAUGGCUCACUCUCCCGGCGAUGAUGGUGACGACGACCCCUCGGACAAAGGGAAAGGGAAAGAGCCCGAGAAAGAGAGGGACUUUGGCGACCUGGAGACUUCGUUACGACGCUUCGUUCUCGAGAAGCGAGCCCGAUCGAAGUUGGCGCCUGCGAAGACAUAUCUCUUGAAUGUCCUUGGUGACGUUCACAACCUGGCCACUGUGAACCGGGACGUUGCCCAGUCAGAACUUGAGCGCGUAAAGAAGGAAUUGGACGCGUUGGAGCCCGAGUUCGAAGAAUCUAAAAAAUCGCGAACAGAGGCUGGAGAGGCCGUAGAUCGACUAGUUGAAGACACAACCUCAGAAGUUUACGGACAUACUCGAGACACACUCAACGACUGCAUAGCAAAGGUGGGAGAGCAAGAUUUGGGCAUCGAAUAUCCAGGCCUGCUGUCUGCCUAUCAGUAUGCGGAAGACAUUCGCGACUCAAUGUUGCAUGAGAUCACGGAAAGCGUACGUUUAUGCGAAGAGAACGCUCGUACGCAAGCUGCUCAAGGCUACAAUGGCAUCAAGAAUCUGGGUAUACUGCACCUCGGUAACAUGCAUACCGAUGUCAUGUUCCGGCCAGACAGGAUGUACAGGAAAUCAGUCCAUGCACUUGCUCGCCAGGUCGACAUCGACAUUGAGGUGUGGGACUUCUUCGACGUUGUCAGCUUGUGGGAGCGACAAGAGAAGGUUGCAGGAACAGGCAUGGCUGUCACCGUAGCGGGCGUAGUAGGCGGCCGCUUGGUAGGCGGUGUUGGCUGGCUUGAUGGAGCCUUGGGCGCAGCGAAGAUCGUUGGCUCGAACAACCUUCGGAGACUAAUCAUCCCUGGUCUCAUUGCGGGUGUCGCCAUCGGAAUCUCAUACGUCUUGGCAUCCGUGCCUAAGUCCCUGCCGCAUCGCCUGAGUGCGAAGCUUUCGGCUCAGCUAGCAGCCAUCGACUACACGCACUCCAAUGCCCUUCGAAUCAGUUCCGAGGUCCGCCGUGCGCUCAAAGGCCCUGCGAAGGACGUCCAAAUCGGCCUCCAGCGCAACGUAGAAAAGCUCCAGCUCAAGAGGGAGCAAAACGACAAGCUCCGAGCCGAAGCUUCGGAGGCCAAGAAGUACUUCUCCAACCUCUUCCGCACUUCCAGCGAGCUUCGCCAGAACCCCCUCGAUGGCUUUCGCAACCUCGCAACCACCCUGAUGGAAGUCCGCCGGGACCCGCGCCAGUUCCUGUUCUUCAUCAUUCUCAUCCUCCUCAUAAACUCGCCCGAGCCGCAGAACCCUGGCUUCAACACGCGAUCGCGCUACGACGAGGUCAUCGAACGCGAGUGGGAACAGCUCGACAUCCUGAACAGCACCAGAUGGGGCGAUUUUGACGCAAAGGAAAAUAAGUGGCUGAACAUCACGGGGCUGAGGGAGCAGGAUGCGUUCACGUGGGAUGUGCUGGGAGACGUUAAGAGCAGGGCACGCGAGAGGAUGAAGGGGGUGCUGGGGGAGAGGGCGCAGGGCUGGUUAGACGGGAAGCAUGACGAUGCACGCAAAGAGACGGUGUACAGGAACAUAUCGGGAUUCGUACAGGGUGAAUGGGUCCGGAGCCCGUUGAGUCGGACGCGGCCUGCGCUCGACCUGUUGAAUGCAACCGGCCACAUACACGAGUUUGCGCAGCUUGGUGACUUCGACAGGAAUCUCACAGGAUCACAUGGCAUGGUGAGGUUGCAUCUUACAGAGGUGGACGGUCGACAGCGGACAGAUGAGAACCGGACCAUGAGUGAGCUCAAGGCAAAGGUGGUCAUCGGGGAUGCCGAGAGUUGGGGCGAUAACUGGUGGGAAUUCAACCUCAACGGGGUACACUUCCCAGAGUUUGGAGGCGCUGUGCUGACCACAACGAGCGAACGAUUCUCCGGUAUUUUCGCGCUGCCUCACUUACAACUCUCCCCACACCUCUACUUGAGUUCCCAAGAACUUCUUAAUCAGACUAUACACCAGACGAUACAGAACCAGCUGGACCGACCGUUUCCCGUUUGGAACCCCUGGUCAUCUGCCGUAGAAGGCGCUGCCGAGGGGGUCAUGGCUACGACCCAUUGCGAAUUCAUACUCUUCCUCCAAGAAGCCCAUGUACAGCUGCUCGAUCGACAUGGCCAGUCCGCUAAGCAGCCCGACCUCGACUGGCUUGAGCAUGAGAUUAGAUUUCCCACUGGAGCAAAUGUUCCUCUACAUUCCCAGAUGAGCAUGGACAUGGUCGGCUUCUCUCCUGAUUGCGGCUUCGUCAUUGAGUCUAAAGGUCCUCCGGACUUCCCACCUUCUGAAGCCAUGCAUCUAGUUGGUUUGAAGACUGAAGAGUUUAAUGAUGAUGCCAAACGAAGCAUCCUUGCUUUCGCUGUCACCCUGGCCUUCCAGCUGAUGUUCAUUAUUAGACAAGCGAAGGAAGCCGCAACACCGUCCACUCGGAACCGGAUCAGCUUCUAUACCAUCGCCAUGAUGGCUUUGGGAGACGGCUUCAUGUUCCUUGCCCUCGUGUUUCUGCACUUGUUCCUGGGUACAUCGCAAUUGCAACUGUUCACAAUUGCGUUCCUAGCGUUGUUUUCGGUUGUGUUGGAGCUCCGUUUCUUGAUGGACAUCUGGACGGUUCAGGUCACUGAGCAGAUGCGUCAAGACCGCCAACAAGCAUCCACAACACCGCCCAGUCCUCAGCCUCCAUCAACACCAAAUCCUGCGCCAGCCCCGCUUCGCGCACCACCUCCACCACAAAGCGAUACCCUCCCCGCCCCUGCCACAGUCACUCAACCACAAUCGACCCCAACUCCUGCACCCCCACCACCACCUAUUAUCAUCGCCCCAGAUCAAGACGACCCAGCGGACAACGAGCCACUCCUACCGACCACCAAUAUCCCCGCCGCAACCACUCCCGCCGAAACCUCGCCCCGAGCCGAACUCGGCGCCCUCUACAGCCGCUACUGCUUCCUCCUUAUUGUCACGUUCUUCAUCACCCUCCAAUUCACCACCAUGCGCUCCACCGCGCGCGCCUUCUACUUCAACACCCUCUCCUUCCUCUACCUCUCGUUCUGGCUGCCCCAGAUCUACCGCAACAUCAUGCGCAACUGCCGCAAGGCGCUGCGCUGGGACUUUGUGUUGGGCCAGUCCGCCGUGCGCCUCGUUCCCAUCGCAUAUUUCUAUGCUGUCGAGAGUAACGUGCUGUUCAGCCGGACCGAUCUGCAGGGCCUCGCGGUGCUGGCCGGCUGGGUAUGGGUCCAGAUUGUCGUCCUGGCUGCGCAGGAGGUGCUGGGGAGUCGCUUCUUCGUGAGAGAGGGGUGGGCGCCCCCGGCGUACGACUACCACCCUGUGCUCCGCGAGGACGAGGAGGGUGCGACUAUGCCGAUUGGCUCGUCUUCCUCUCCCUCCCCCAUCUCCGCGUCUGAAGAUCUUCAGCCCGGCGAGUCCCGCGGCAAGGGCAAGAAGGUCUUCGACUGCAGCAUCUGCGCGACCGACCUCGAGGUCCCCGUGAUCCCGGCGGGCGGCGGCGGCCCGGAUGUGCAGGGCUUGGGCGGCCUGACGCUGCAGAGGCGUGCGUACAUGGUUACGCCGUGCCGGCACAUUUUUCACUCAGCGUGUCUGGAGGGGUGGAUGCGGUAUCGGCUUCAGUGCCCGAAUUGCAGGGAGGUGCUGCCGCCGCUGUAGAUAGAUCUAGCGUAAGAGUGAUGCAUUUAUGGAAGACAGUAUCCAUGACUUGGGGAUCGUGCGUACGUGAUGUGUUUGGUGUUCAUCGUGGAUAGUGCGGAAAUGAACAGAGAUAUUUUUCGG